GUAAAGCCAUUGGAUGGUGUGAAAAUUCUUGAUUUAACAAGGGUGCUUGCAGGGCCUUUUGCCACAAUGAAUUUGGGAGAUUUAGGGGCUGAAGUUAUCAAAGUGGAAAGACCAGGAGCUGGUGAUGAUACAAGAGCCUGGGGUCCACCUUUUGCUGGAACAGAAAGUGUUUAUUUUCUCAGUGUCAAUAGAAAUAAAAAGAGUAUAGCUAUCAACAUGAAGGAUUCAAAAGGGGCAAAGCUAAUCAGAGAGCUUGCAGCAGUGUCUGAUGUUUUUGUGGAAAACUACAUCCCUGGGAAGCUGGCUGAAAUGGGUCUAGGUUAUGAAGACAUUAAAAAGAUUGCUCCUCAUGUAGUGUACUGUUCAAUAACAGGUUAUGGUCAGAGUGGUCCAAUGGUUCAGAGAGGUGGAUAUGACUCCAUUGCAGCUGCUGUUUCUGGUCUCAUGCAUAUCACAGGGCAUGAGGAUGGUGAGCCAGUUAGACCAGGAGUAGCCAUGACAGAUCUUGCUACUGGGUUGUUUACAUAUGGAGCGAUUAUGGCUGGUUUACUUCAGAGGUAUAAGACUGGGAAAGGGCUGCACAUUGACUGCAAUCUCUUGUCAUCUCAGGUUGCAUGUCUUACUCAUGUAGCAGCUAACUACCUUAAUUGCAAAAUUGAAGCAAAACGCUGGGGUACUGCUCAUGGGAGUAUUGUUCCGUAUCAG